AAUAGUAAUAAAGUCGUAAAGUAAAUAAAAAUACUGUGCUAUUUAUGACACAGUUUUUGGUUGAGUAGGUGUAAAAACAACAUUGAAACAAAAUCUGAGAAAAGUUUGAGAAAAGCGAAUUUUAUACGAAAAUAAUCAAAAUGAGUAAUAGCGAACCAAGUGAACCUGCAGAAACAACUUCUGGUGAAAAUAAAAUACCUACCGCAGCGGCAUUUGUCUUGCCUGAAGAAUUAACAAAGGAUUCGAUUCGUACAAGUGUUUGGCAACAGCUAGAAAAAGCAAACUUAGUAAAUUUUCCUUUACCAUGUUGGGGUCGAAUUCCAAAUUUCAAAGGAUGUGAACAAGCCAACAGUAAAUUAAUAGAACUUGAUGUAUUUAAAAACGCCAAAGUGGUUAAGGUGAAUCCGGACAAGCCACAGGAACCUGUUCGAGUUUCUGUAUUAGAGAAUCAUAAAAGUUUAUACGUUCCAAUACCUCGGCUCCGAGAAGGAUUGUUAAGUUUAGUAGUGCUAGAAGAAGGCUGUACUAACAACGAUAUUAAGAAUGCUGUUCGCCCUAAAGGAAUUCAAGCAUGUGGAAAACCAAUUGACUUGAGUGCCAAAAUAAAUAUCGAUUUGGUUGUAUUGGGUAGUGUAGCUGUAUCAAAAGAAGGGCAUAGAAUUGGUAAAGGUGAAGGCUUUGCUGAUUUAGAAUUUGCAAUGAUGAUGCAUAUGAAAGCUGUGAAUCAAGAUACCAUUGUUGUUACCACAGUUCACGACAAUCAAGUUUUUGAUAAAUUACCACACGAAUUAUUUAAAGCUCACGAUGUACCUGUUGAUAUAAUUGUAACUCCAACUCAAGUGAUAACAAUUGAAAAACGACUACCCAAACCCACUGGCGUUAUAUGGAAUUUGCUAUCUCAACGUCGUUUAAAUUUGAUGCCAAUUUUACAAAAACUUCGUGAACUUGAUCAAGAAGCCGGCAAAGACGUGACUUUAAAAGAGGAAGAUAGUGAUGCGGAAACACAACGACGUUAUAAGCCACAAUAUCAUCUGAAUAGAAGACAUCGAUAUCGUCGUCGGUCACAACCAAAUCGGCAAGUAUCUGAGUCCCAAGACGAAGGUGCUGCGGGAGAAGGAGCACGACCUCAACGACCAAAAAAAAAAAAUCUACGUCCAAGGCGUAAACGUGUAACCAAAAAAGAUGGAUCCGGUGAGCUAGCUGAAAAUGGUGUUGAUGAGAAAAAUGAAGCCAAUGGUGGUACUGAUCCAUCAAAUAAUAAACGAGCUACAUCAAAACGCCGCAACAAUGAGCGUAGAAAUUAUCGCAAACAGAAGAAUACCUUCGAUUUUUCCUUACGUGUUGGCAACAUUGAUCGCAAUGUUCGUGUACGUGAUUUGAAGGCUGCACUAGCGGAACGUGGUGUCAAACCAAAUGAAAUUACAUGGCGAGGUUAUAAAGGAUUUUGUGUAUUACAUUUUGCAAAACCAUCAUCAAAGAAUGUUACUAAAACUAACGCAUUAAAUUCAUCUGCACCUACUGCUGGUGGAGGCGGUGAUAAUUCAAUUGGUGUUGAUAACAUUAUUGAAAGUUUACAAGAUCUAAAAUUAUCGGCAAAUUCGGAGAAAAGUUUAGUGAUUGAACCAGCAAAACCUAUAUCUAGAAUUGAAACAACUGAUGUAACAUCGGUUUAAUAUUAUUCAUAUUACUGAAUAAUAAUUAUAAUUAUUAAUCACUUUUUUAAUUAAUGUUUUUGCAAAUAGCGCAGUCAUUCUAAACAAAGUUUAAGCGUUCUCUAAAGUUGAAAGUGAAAAAAAAAAAUUAUAAUAAUAAUGCCAAUUUUUAUCGCUCCUUUUGAUUGAAAAUAAAAGCAUUCAUGAAUUUAAAAAUCACAUCACAAGUAAAAUUUAUUUCUGAUAUGUUGCUUUAUAUUUAGCAGAAAUUUUGCUAAAAAGCAACAUUCGCUUUCCUAGUUUUACUAUUGACUGCUAGUUUUGACUCGAUCAAGUUUUUUGAAAUGAUGAGUGCUACGGGGCAAACUUUCAGUUUGAAUAUCUAUUAAUUAUUAUCAAAUGGGAAUACUAUGACAAAUAACUGAUAAUAGGAAUUUAUCCCCCAAAACUCAAGAUAAUGAAAAAAGCAAUUUGCUUGAUUGUAUUAAUAUUGCAGUUUUUAAUCUUUUUAGGAGGGAAGACAAUAAGUCAAUAAUAAAAUUUUUUUUUUUUGCAAAUUUAAUCUUGGAGGAAUGUUUAGAAUUACAGUGCUAUAAAUGUUUGUUACAAUCGUUUCAAUAUGUGGCGAAAAAAAUUAUGGGUUACUUUCGGUUGUUUCAGUUUCUACUUUCUACUAAUAGAUAAUUUCUGUGCAGAAAAAUUCCAAAAGAAUAUUAAAUUUCAUUAAAUAUUAAAAUAAUUUUUUUCCACUUGAUAUUAUUUUUAAAAAUUUUAAGGAUGUACUUGAGUACUUCUCUCUUCACAGUGCCAACAAUGUAAAUCAACGAUUGAAUUAAAAAUUCGCAAGUUGCAAACAAAAAGAAAGAAAGUUUUCUAAUUUAAUUUUCCCCCCAAAUAUCAACUAAGACAGAUAAAUACAACCAUGUAACUCAAUUUUUGGGGCUUUAAAAAUAGCUAAGAGAGUAGAAACUUUAAUGGAAAUAUUGCUUUCUACGAAACUAAUAGUGAAUGAGUUUUGUUUAUUAUAGCAUGAUAAAAGAACGUUUAUCACAGUACGGUAUUAAAAUUAUAGAAAUAUAUCACCAUUUUUAAAGUGGAUAUUAACGUAUUUUCUUAAAGAAAAUUAUGUUGAAAACAUUAGUCUUGUUUUCCUAAAACUUAAUCAAACGUUUAUAAACUCUU